GUGGUAGUGAAGCAAGCAUACACUAGAGGUUGUUGUUUAGCAAUUGUAGUUUGUUUGAGACAAAACAAUAUUGUUUUGUUUGAGAAUCUUGUGUUGUGUGUGUUUGUGUCUUUGUGUGGUUGUGAAAGUUAGUUAAUAUACAACAACAAAGUAACUACCUUUACCUUACAAGUUACAACUAACAAAUGGAGAAACAUGGUGAGAUAAGGCACUCAAAGUUCAAAAGGAUUUGUGUCUUCUGUGGGAGUAGCCCUGGCAAGAAGCCUAGUUAUCAAGAUGCUGCCAUUGAGCUUGGAAAUGAACUGGUUUCAAGGAACAUUGAUCUGGUGUAUGGUGGGGGAAGCAUUGGCCUCAUGGGAUUGGUUUCACAAGCUGUUCAUGAUGGCGGUCGGCAUGUCAUUGGAGUUAUUCCCAAGACGCUCAUGCCUCGAGAGCUAACUGGUGAAACAGUGGGAGAAGUGAAGGCUGUGGCAAAUAUGCACCAGAGGAAAGCUGAGAUGGCUAAGCAUUCAGAUGCCUUUAUUGCCUUACCAGGGGGAUAUGGGACUCUAGAGGAGCUUCUUGAAGUCAUAACCUGGGCUCAACUUGGGAUUCAUGACAAGCCUGUUGGAUUAGUAAAUGUUGAUGGGUACUUUAGCUCCUUGUUGUCAUUCAUUGACAAAGCUGUGGAAGAGGGGUUUAUUAGUCCAAAUGCCCGCCACAUAAUUGUUUCAGCACCAACUGCAAAAGAGUUGGUGAAGAAAUUGGAGGAAUAUGUCCCUUGUCAUGAGAGUGUUGCUUCCAAGCUGAACUGGCAGAUGGAACAGCAGCUAGCUUACCCUCAAGAAUAUGACAUCUCAAGGUAGCUGCUGCUGGAGGGGUUUAACUUCACGUGCACGGAAGAAUACACCAUAGAGAAUUUUGGAGGUGGAAGAAGCUAUUUUCGACUAUCAUUUUUCUGUUUCUCCUCUUUUAGUUUCUUGUGUAAAUUACUUGGAUUGACCUGAAUAUGUAAAACUCUACUUUAUCACCUUGUGAAACUCUGAUUUUCUUAGAGGUGUAAGUAUGGAAUUAUUCUUCAAUGCCAUUUAAGGAUCAUUAGUACAA